AUGGCUUCUCUAAAUAAAGGGCUAUUACAACCACCUGCUACGUUUUUAAUUGCAAAAAGAUUUCGUGGAAAGAUAAAUAUUCAAAAGCCACGGAAACCACAUUUUGAGCGCCAACUUCUGUUAGACUUCACAAAACCAAUUUAUCGUCCACCUAAAUAUACCCUACCUGAUGUCGUUCUUUGUGGCAAAAAUAUUAUAUUUGGUCAACCAGAAAGCGCUGAUAAGAUGUUUAAAAUUUUAAAGAAAGCUCCUCAGCUUAUAGUGAUGGCGGGCAUAAUUCAAGAUCGUUUGAUGUCAAAGAAUGAACUUUUAGAAUUUAGUAAACUUCCAAGUCUAGAUGUUGCUAGAAGUCAAUUGUGCAAUGUUCUUCAAAGUGCUGCUGUAUGUCUUGUUAAGCAGCUUAAUCAAAGUCAACAGGCACUUGUGUCUAAUCUAGAACAACAUUUAGAAAUUCAAAAGGGAGAUGAUAAGCAA